AGGCACUGUAAGUUAUUAUUAUAAAUACAAAGGCAGAGACUCCAUUAACAACACCAGCACUAAACGCCAACCACAUCACAUACCUACCCUCUCUCUCUUUCCCUAGCAUUUCUUCGGUUUCGCUUCUUCACUUCCCUUCGUUCUCUCUGUUGAUUUGGCUUUCGAUUUCACUGUAACUCCAUUUCUCGAUCUGCAUUUCGAUCUAAAGGAACAUUUCGAAAAUUUUGGGUUCUUGAAAGCUCUAUGCGACAAUGAGUUUCGUUUUUCGAGGUUCAAGAGGAGAUAUAGAAAGCGGAUUUACAAGCUUUAUACCCGAACGCCCUACUGUGCGCAUUCAUGGAGGCCGGCCUGUUAAUUCUAAUUCGCUGGCUUUUCUUGUUACAGCAGUUCUUUUACUGUUCAUGAUUUUGAACUCUCAUCAAAUAUCACCGAACUUCCUGCUUUGGCUUGUAGUGGGUGUGUUCUUGAUGGCUACAAGCUUGCGAAUGUAUGCGACUUGUCAACAACUUCAAGCUCAGGCACGGGCUCAUGCAGCUGCUGCCAGUGGCUUGUUGGGACAUACUGAAUUGCGUUUACAUGUGCCACCAUCUAUAGCUUUUGCAACAAGAGGUCGAUUACAAGGACUUAGGCUUCAGCUUGCUCUUCUUGACCGUGAAUUUGAUGACCUAGAUUAUGAAACUCUGAGAGCUUUGGAUUCUGAUAAUGCUUCUACAACUCCUUCUAUGAGUGAGGAAGAGAUAAAUGCCUUACCUGUUCACAAGUAUAAGGUCCCUGCCCCAGAGAAUGCUAACACGUCACAGCAGCAGGCAUCGUCUUCUUCAGCUCCAACAGAGCAGAUGAAGCAAGACUCUAAUAAGGCAGAUGGGAAUGUGAAGGCUUCAGAAGAUGAAUUAACAUGCUCUAUUUGCUUGGAACAAGUUAACAGGGGGGAACUUGUUCGUAGUUUGCCAUGUUUGCAUCAGUUUCAUACUAAUUGCAUCGAUCCAUGGUUGCGUCAACAAGGCACAUGUCCAGUAUGUAAAUUUCGGAUGGGUACAGGAUGGCAGGAAAGCAGAGAGAGUGAAUCAGACGGUUCAGACAUGGUUUAAUGACUACUCCCAAGUAAUGUAUUAUGUAUAGAUCAUUAUAUUAAGUACAUCUACCAUUUUGUCAUUUUUGACACAAACAAAUUCUGGUCACAUAUGUAAAUGAUCUACCCGUUGUUUAAUAAUAGAGAAUGAAGCUUGCUUUUCCCUACCUA